AUGGCUCCAAUUUUAGAGAGUGUUUACAAUAAUUCUGGUAAUAGUGUUCAUUUAACUAUUGGAUAUAAGUCGUUCGAUAUUCAAGAUGGUGCGUCUCAGCAAAUCAACAUGCAUCUUACUACUGAGGAGUACGCAAAGAUUUUUAAUAUAGAGCAUGAAGAUCAAGAAUAUCUGCUGAAGUAUAAUAUUCCCAAUAUCAAUAUUAAUGAUGCUCUUGGCAAGAAUAAUGGCAUUGAAGAUUCCUCGAUCCAACUCGACUCGAAUAAAACGUUUUGUUUAAGCAUGUUGAAAGAUGAAAUGCAUAUAAUAUGUGAUGGUAAGUUCUUAGGAAUAUAUCAAACAGAUGGAACAAUUGUGUAUUAUACAUCUGUUGCUGUAUUUCAUAAGAUCGAAGGAGGCGUUAUAGUGCAGGGUGAUAACACUGUAGAAGAAGAGAGUACUGGAGGCCCAAAUGCAUAG